AUGAUAACAGGAAAAGAGCAGAAGAAUCCGUGCACCCGAAACCAAUGUCUUAAUGGAGGUCACUGCACACCGAUUGAUAACUUCUCCUCUGCGUGCAUCUGCCCUUCCACUUUUCACGGAGAUUUGUGCCAGUUUCGAAAUUUUUGUGCCUAUUCCCCGUGCAAAAAUAGAGGCAGUUGUGAGCCCUUUGAAGAUUCUGGGGUCUGCAGUUGCCUGUUUGGAUUUGAGGGGACGUACUGCGAGAGGAAGGCGGAGGACGUGCUGUUAUCAGAAAAGAAUUACGACGGUGGUCGUGACAAUGCUGAUGAAGAUGUAAAGAGCGCUGGCCUCUUCACAUUUAUGAAAACGGUGAAAAAAUCGAGCUGGAGGGAUAAGGUGGCUUUUGAUCCGUGCUAUGUUCCUGAAGGGGGUGGCCUUAUUCGGUGUCUUAACGGGGGCAAGUGUAUCCCACUGGUUAGAAGGGUAGGUAUCGUUCCAGGAGAAGGAAACCAAUAUGAGUGCGAGUGUACCGGAAAGUUUACGGGUCCCUAUUGUGAAUUUGAGAAUGCCUGCUUCAGCUCUCCUUGCAAAAACGGGGGCAGUUGUCAAAGUUUUGAGGACUCAGGGGUGUGUCGCUGUCCAGUGGGAUUUGGGGGCAGUUUCUGUGAGGAAAUCGAGACGGGACAUAAACCGUCAAGAAUAAAGAAAUUGACCACGGAACCUGUCCUCAAGCCGCCCUCGAAGGAUGACAUUUGUUAUCGUUACACCAAAACUAGGUCGCAUCCCUGUUCUCAUCAUGGUGAAUGCAUCUCCCUCAACGCGACACAUUUCGAGUGCCUUUGCACCGAAAAAUACUCUGGGGAUAGCUGUCAAUAUCGGAACCCAUGUUACACGUUUGAAUGUCUGAAUGGUGGAACGUGUGAAGUGAAGUACGACGCUUCCGGAAUUUGUAACUGUGCCCCUGGAUUUAUGGGGACGUACUGCGAGGAGAAGCUGUUCAAGGAUGAACCAGAAGAAAUUGAUGUCGUGACUGAAAAAUCGUCAGCGACACGAUUAUGUCUCAACGGUGGGACCUUUGCUCACCUCAAGGGUUCCCCGUCAUCAUCUUCUUCAAGCUAUGAAUGCAUCUGCCCCUCAAAUUUCACGGGAAGGUGGUGCGAGUUUCUUAACGCGUGUGGAAGUUCGCCAUGUUUAAAUGGUGGAAGUUGUGAACCGAUGGAAGAUUCUGGAAUUUGCACGUGUCCAAUAGGUUUCAAGGGAACUUUCUGUGGAGAAAUUGACGACACAAGAAAAACUCGGGUGGAACGACUCGGUCGAACUUUCCCCUUAGUUCGGAAGCAGAUUAAGGAAGGAAUUCGGAUCUCGGACGAUAAAGAGGUAACCUUAAAAAAAUCGACCACUGUGACAACUCUGAAACCAACAGCGAGAAGCCCGUCUGCCUCAAUGGGGGUCGUUGCGUAA